AAUUUUAUGGAAAAGGAGCCCCAUACAAUGCUUUGGUUGGGAAAGACUCAACAAGAGGAGUUGCAAAGAUGUCUCUGGAUCCAGCAGAUCUUACACACGACAUAACAGGGCUCACAGAAGAGGAGCUGAAGUCCCUGGAUGAUAUCUUCAAUAAUGUUUAUAAGGCCAAAUAUCCAAUUGUUGGCUAUACUUCUCGACGAAUCCUGAAUGAGGAUGGCAGCCCCAAUCUAGACUUCAAACCUGAAGAUCAGCCACAUUUCAACAUUAAAGAUGAGUUUUGA